GCACACACAUUACAGAACAAGAUAUAUAGAUACCAUAGAUGUCACCUAGUAUAGAGCCUACACAGGAAUUAAAUGCACCUGAACCAGAACACUGUCCUGGCCCAGAAUCAGACCUUGCCGGAAAAGAAGAUGCAUGUCAAGGAUGUCCCAAUCAAGAAAUCUGCAGCUCCAAUACUGUCAAAGGACCCGAUCCUGACCUUCCCUUGAUCAAUGCCCGUCUUUCACAGAUCGACCACAAGAUACUUGUCCUCAGUGGUAAGGGAGGAGUAGGGAAGUCUACGUUCACAUCGAUGCUUAGUUGGGCGCUUGCUGCUGAUGAUUCGCUUGAAGUGGGUGCCAUGGAUUUGGAUAUUUGUGGACCUAGCUUGCCUCGAAUGUUGGGAGCUGAAGGUGAAGGAGUGCAUCAGUCGAAUUCAGGAUGGAGUCCGGUUUAUGUGGCUGAUAAUUUGGGGUUGAUGAGCAUUGGGUUUAUGUUACCCGAUCCGGACUCCGCGAUUAUCUGGCGAGGAGCUAAGAAGAAUGGAUUGAUUAAACAGUUUUUAAAAGAUGUGAAUUGGGGUGAGCAUUUGGAUUACUUGGUGGUGGAUACUCCUCCGGGUACUUCAGAUGAGCAUUUGGCAGUGACCACAUAUAUGAAGGAGGUUGGAGUCGAUGGAGCCUUGAUUGUCACUACUCCUCAAGAAGUUGCAUUAUUAGAUGUACGAAAAGAGAUUGACUUUUGUAGAAAAGCAGGAAUAAAGAUCUUGGGAUUGGUAGAGAACAUGUCAGGAUUUGUGUGUCCAAACUGUAAAGGACAAUCUCAGAUAUUUAAACCUACUACUGGUGGUGGAGAACAAUUAUGUAAGGAUUUAAACCUUAAGUUUCUUGGUAGUGUACCGUUAGAUCCACGAAUUGGAGCAUGUUGUGAUCAUGGAAGGUGUUUUUUUGACGAGUAUCCUGAUUCGCCUGCAACCACUGCCAUAUUAGAUGUUGUUGAUGCAUUGAGAGAUCAAGUUGAAUUAGAUAUGACUAAGUUGACAUUGGAAUAGUAUUUAUAGUUUAAUUUU